GGGUGUGUUGGUUGUGUUACGGAGUAUAUAGUCUGGCAGUUGCUCCCAGGUUCCACGAAAGCCCAUUGCUGGAACCUGCAAAGAAAGCAAAGCUCCACUGAGUGCCAACCAACACCACCAACAUGAUUGUCGCAGACCUCAUCGCGGUCAUUCUCCGCCUCGCGGAGUUAGUCUUUGCAGCCAUCAUAGCGGGCCUCAACGGGGAAUACCUACGCGCCGUCCGGAAUGCCGACUCGUUGCAGCUCGCGCGCCAAAUCUACGCCGAAAUUGUUGCGUGCUUCUCGAUCUUGUUCGCCAUCAUCUGGCUGGUCCCCUCCACCAGCAUCUUCGUCCAGUGGCCGGCCGACCUUUUCUUCAGCCUGAUAUGGUUCAUCGCCUUCGGGCUGCUUGUUGACUGGCUGGGUGACAGUUGUGGCUACGUUUUCGACUGGCGCGAGAUUUCCUUUGGCGGAGCCGCCUCGUGCUCGCAGUGGAAAGCCACCAUUGCCUUUUGUUUUCUGAGCGCAAUCUGCUGGCUCAUGAGCGGCAUUCUAGGGACUAACUGGGUCCGCCGCCGUAUAACCCCGGGCAACAGCGGCCACAACGGUCGUCGCCCUCGGAACCGUUAUUAGCGGGUUUGGGCGGCUAGUCACCGAUAUCCAAAAUCCUACGCCUUCGGCGUUAUCCGGCCCAAAUACGAUACCCUACUGCCCCAAUUGUAUAUAAUACCCGAUGUCUCCCGGUUGGGUGAGCCUCGUCUCGGACUCGGUUUAGACAUAAAAGGCCGUUUGAGAAUGCUUCCUCGGUAUCUGCAUAAAACAUGGU